UUUCAAGGCAUAAUGAAGCUUUUACUGCAGGAGAGGAAGUCUACAAUAAAAGAGUUCAUCCUCCAAGUGGAAAACUUCAUUGAGUGGGUUGCCUCAUGUUUUGUGGUGGGUGUUGCCUUUCAGCCUUUACGUGUCAAGCUAGCGGUCCGUCCAGUUCACUCCAGAGGUGAUGCUUAACUUAGCGUCAGUGUAAUGUGAAGGAAGGAAGGUGGAGACAUCACCGAGAGGGUUUUCACUUAACAGAAACCACCAGAUGUGCGACAAGUAGUUUCCCCCCCCCUCCCCAAACCUCCACCCACCCGGUUUAGUUUGCUGCUGCUGCUAAUCUCGAGUGUUUUCUCUUUCCCCGAUGACUUCCUCUAUCUCAGCCUGGUUUUGGAAUGAGAGAUUUUGGCUUCCCGAAAAUGUUUCGUGGGUGGACCUGGAGCAUCCGCCACCCGGCGUGGAGUAUCCCCGGGUGGGACAGAUACUGUACGCCCUGCCGCUGGCCGUCGGAGUUUUUCUUCUGAGACUGCUUUUUGAAAGGCUAGUGGCCAAGCCCUGUGCCCACAUACUUCAGAUUCAGGCGGGAGUGCAUCGGCAAGCUCAACCCAAUGCUGUCCUGGAGAGGGUGUAUCAGUCUAAAACGUGUCCAGACACAAGGCAACUGGAGGGACUUUCCAAGCAGCUGGACUGGGAUGUACGGAAAAUUCAGAGAUGGUUUCGCAUCCGUCGCAACCAAGACAAGCCCAGUAUGCAGAAAAAGUUCUGUGAGAGCAUGUGGCGAUUUACAUUUUACCUGGGGAUUUUUAUCUAUGCCAUUCACCAUUUGUGGACGUCUCCCUGGAUGUGGGACGUCAGGCAGUGCUGGCACAAGUAUCCUCUUCAGCCGCUGAGUCCCGGACAAUACAAUCACUAUGUGGCAGAGCUGGCUUUCUAUUGGUCUCUGAUGUUUUCCCAGUUCAUAGACGUAAAGCGUAAGGAUUUCAUCAUCAUGCUUGUCCACCACCUGGCCACCAUAAUCCUCAUCACAUUCUCCUACGCCAACAACAUGAUAAGAAUGGGUACUAUGGUCAUGUGUGUGCAUGAUGCAUCUGACAUCUUUCUUGAGGCAGCCAAGCUGGCCAACUAUGCCAAAUACCAGCGGCUAUGUGAUGGCCUGUUUGUGGUGUUCAGCAUAAGCUUUUUCCUCACUCGACUUGUCAUCUAUCCUUUCUGGAUUGUUUACAGUGUUUUGUUUGACAGCUGGGAGAUAGCUGGGCCAUACCAGUCCUGGUGGCUGUUCAAUGGGUUGCUGUUGGUCCUGCAGGUUCUUCACAUUAUCUGGUUCUACCUCAUCGCUCGCAUUGCUAUCAAAGCCAUAUUCAAGGGAAAGGUGUCAAAAGACGACCGCAGUGACAUCGAUAGCAGCUCGGACGAGGAGAUUAAUUCCAGUUGCAGUAAAAAACCCAGUCAGACCCUAAAACCAAAAGACGGCAGCCACACCGGUAUCCUGAAUGGAGACAGUCAUGACCAUUGAGUGCCAAGAGA